ACGCUCAUACAAACACAGGAACCUGGUCGUCCCCUCCACAUUCGCAAUCUACAACGCCAUCUUCGUGUGGAAUUAAAAAAAAUCCAGACAAGGUUUUAAGAAGAAAGUGAAAAAUGAAGGGAGCCAAAGCCCACAGCGACGCACCAGUAGCUGACAAUAUCUCCGGCCCACCAAGGGACCGCAAGCCGGGUGGAGGGGUUCUAAAGAAGCUCAAGUCACGGAGGAAUCAGGUGGACCCCAGGCCCGUCACUGAGGAGGACCUGCAAGCGCGGAACGGAUGCGUCACGCCGGAGGAUGUCCUUGGACUGCGGGUGGCCACACAAGGCUACCUCUGUAAACCCGAGGACAAUGUUUACAACAUCGACUUUGUACGCUUCAAGAUCCGAGACCUGGAGACGGGCUCUGUUUUGUUUGAGAUCGCCAAACCGCCACACUCAGAAGAGGACAACGAAAAUCGAGCGAGUGAUGCAAGCGCGGGCCGCUUUGCACACUACCAGUUCACCCCGGCUUUUCUACGUCUGAUGACCGUGGGAGCCACAGUGGAAUUCACAGUCGGGAACCGACCUCUCAGCAAUUUCCGAAUGAUCGAGCGGCACUACUUCCGAGAUCGCUUACUGAAAAGCUUCGACUUUGAUUUUGGCUUCUGCAUCCCGAACAGUCGGAAUACUUGUGAGCACAUCUACGAGUUUCCUCAGCUGUCCGAGAGCUUGGUUCGUCAGAUGGUGAACUGCCCCUACGAGACUCGCUCUGACAGCUUUUAUUUUGUGGAGAACAGACUGGUCAUGCACAACAAGGCGGACUAUGCUUAUAACAGAAGACAGUGAAUCACUGCACGGGAUACACAUGCACACUCACAUUUAUGUACACGUCAAACACAUAUCUCAAUCAAUUAGAAUCAUGUAUAAUAUUUAUUUAUUACACAGUGAGUUAUAAGUUUCACUUUCUGAAUUGAGCUAGUGAAAUAAAUGAACUGAUAUUCUUAAUCAUUGAGAUGCACUUGUAUGUAAAUAUAAAAAGGCAAUAUUGCGUACGACUUGCAGUCUUACUUUGCCCCAUGAUUGAUGGCUGAUCAAUUCUAGGCGCAAUCGCCUCUCACCUAAGUCAGAUGGGAUGGACUCCAUCUUCCCCAGUGACCCUGCAAAGGAUAAGUGGUCUAGCUAAUGACUGAACGGAGGUUAUCAUUUUCAUCCAUUGCAUUUGAUCCCGCAGGAUAUGAACAGCAGUGACUGAGGUGUCAAAUACAGUAAGCUUCAUUUUAGUUAUUUUUUGAAAAGCUGUCCUUUCAAUCAAUCAUGCACAUACACCCACAAAACAAACACCCAAAACAAUGUAUUCAACCUCCAAGUGUCACAGUGUGUUCUCAGUAUUUGUCAGAAGCAGCUGCUCUUCUGCGCUACCGCCCCCACAAUCCACUCCAGACAAUACCAAGGGGAAAAUAGAGACGCCAUCCAGAAAAAAAACUGCUGUCAAACACACAUGGUCGGUCUUGCUACCCCCUGCCCGCAAUUUAUUGUGUUUUUACCCACUCACACAAAAGCACACACAGGCUACACACACAGACAAUUGAGUUCAGUCAGUGUUAUGUUUUCUACUUGUGUACUUUUUACAUACUAAGACUUAAACAACCCUGAUAAAAAGUAUCUCACAAUAACAAAUUUACAAGCAGUGUACAAUAUAUGUUGUCAGAAUUUAAUCUGUUCUCGUUAUUAUUAUAUGUAUAUGCUGGUCUUCAGAUUACAAAUGACAUUUAAAUCGAAUUAAAUAAAUGAACAUUUCAAGAAGAAAGAGUGCAUAUUAGGCUCAUUGAAGGCUCUUGAUAGAUGUGGAACAGAAUGAGGAGGUUGUUGGAUAAAUUCCUGGUGCUGAUGGAAAGGUCAAUUCCUGUAGUGGCCACCAGGGGGAGUAUUGUUCCAAAUCAUUCUAUGAGCGCACUUGGUUUCAAUUCUGUUUCUUGCUUGGGUCUCAAAAAGACGACAGUAGUCAGUUUGUUGAAAUAAAAAUAGACAUGCUGGUCAUAUGUACACACAGUUUGGAUUUAGAAAGGGCACAUCAAGUCAACGACAUCCUAGCACAUAUUUUUGAAAAGGACAUCGUGGAAUUGAAAUGUAAU